UCCCAGCCUCUCCUGAGCCCGCCGGGGCCCGCGCCGGCCAGCGCCUGCCCUAUGAGUGUGUCACUGGUUGUCAUCCGACUGGAGCUCGCGGAACACUCGCCGGUCCCCGCCGGCUUCGGCUUCAGCGCCGCGGCCAGGGAAAUGUCUGAUGAGGAGAUCAAAAAGAAGACACUCGCUUCCGCUGCAGCCUGUUUAGAAGGGAAGUCACCGGGAGAGAGAGCAGCAAUCAUACAUCAGCAUCUUGGCCGUCGAGAAAUGACAGACAUGAUCAUCGAGACCAUCAAGUCCAACCCAGAUGAGCUGAAAGCUACCAUGGAAGAAAGAAAGUCUUCAGAAGCAUCCUCCACUGCACAGAGAAGUAAGGAUCAGAGCAAAGAAAGCAUAAAUGCUGCUCCCGAUUCUCCAUCCAAACAGCUUCCAGACCAGAUUUCAUUCUUCAGUGGAAAUCCAUCCGUUGAAAUAGUUCAUGGUAUCAUGCAUCUGUAUAAGACAAAACAGUCUGAUUAUUGUCUCGUUAGUAAGAUGACCUCCUUAAAAGAAGACGUGAGGCGCAGUGCCAUGCUGUGUAUUCUCACAGUCCCUGCUACAAUGACCAGUCAUGACCUUAUGAAGUUUGUCGCCCCAUUUAAUGAAGUAAUUGAACAAAUGAAAAUCAUCAGAGACUCUACUCCAAAUCAAUAUAUGGUGCUGAUAAAGUUUAGUGCACAGGCUGAUGCAGAUAGCUUUUACAUGGCGUGCAACGGUCGCCAGUUCAACUCGAUAGAAGACGAUGUUUGCCAGCUGGUCUACGUGGAAAGGGCUGAAGUGCUGAAGUCUGAAGACGGUGCCAGCCUCCCCGUGAUGGACCUGACCGAGCUCCCCAAGUGCACCGUGUGUCUGGAGCGCAUGGAUGAGUCCGUAAAUGGCAUCCUCACCACGUUGUGUAACCACAGCUUCCACAGCCAGUGUCUGCAGCGCUGGGACGACACGACGUGCCCUGUUUGCCGGUACUGUCAGACUCCAGAGCCAGUGGAGGAGAAUAAGUGUUUUGAGUGUGGCGUUCAGGAAAACCUUUGGAUUUGUUUAAUAUGUGGCCACAUAGGAUGUGGGCGGUAUGUAAGUCGACAUGCUUAUAAGCACUUCGAGGAGACCCAGCACACGUAUGCCAUGCAGCUGACCAACCAUCGAGUCUGGGACUAUGCUGGAGAUAAUUAUGUCCACCGACUGGUUGCAAGUAAAACAGAUGGAAAAAUAGUGCAGUAUGAAUGUGAGGGUGAUACUUGCCAGGAAGAGAAAAUAGAUGCCUUACAGUUAGAGUAUUCAUAUUUACUAACAAGCCAGCUGGAAUCGCAGCGAAUCUACUGGGAAAACAAGAUCGUCCGGAUAGAGAAGGACACAGCAGAGGAAAUUAACAACAUGAAGGCCAAAUUUAAAGAAACAAUUGAGAAAUGUGAUAACCUGGAAGAGAGACUAAAUGAUCUCCUGAAAGAAAAGCAGUCUGUCGAAAGAAAGUGCACUCAGCUCAACACAAAAGUAGCCAAACUCACCACAGAGCUCAAAGAGGAGCAGGAGAUGAACAAGUGUUUGCGAGCCAAUCAGGUCCUCCUGCAGAACAAGCUGAAGGAGGAGGAGAGGGUUUUGAAGGAGACCUGUGACCAGAAGGAUCUGCAGAUCACUGAGAUCCAGGAACAGCUGCGUGACGUCAUGUUCUACCUGGAGGCGCAGCAGAAGAUCAACCACCUGCCUGCUGAGACCCGGCAGGAAAUCCAGGAGGGGCAGAUCAACAUCGCUGUGGCCUCAGCCUCGAGCCCCGCCUCUUCUGGUGGCAGCGGGAAGCUGCCCUCCAGGAAGGGCCGCAGCAAGAGGGGCAAGUGACCUUCACAGAAACAGGUGUCCCUGGGACUCUUUUCCCUGGCACAGAGAGGGUGUGCUGGGGCCUGAGUGUGAGGGUGGGCCCGAAAUAAGUACCAGGGAGGAUCAAGCUGCAGUUGUUUGGAUCUUUCAUUUGCUAGUGUUUGAUGUAAUGAACGCAGAGGGCUGACGACCAGGAGGACUGAUGGAAAAGGGCAGUGUUUUAAAAGGUGGCUGCUUUUUCCAACCUUAGUUCACUAACCUCAACGUUCUAAUGACCAUUUUGCCUUCCUACUUGAUAGGUGACCCAGAUUUGUUGUGCAUUUUUCUGUUGUAUUUAUUGAGUUGGUGUUUUUGACGUUCACUCCUGGGGUCAGUAGGUAACAUUACCUAUUUCUAAAGCAUCAGACCUCCCUGAGGUCAUUGCAGCUGCCUUAGAGAGAGGUUCACACUGGCUACUGAGGAUUUAUGAAACUUCCCGAGCAUUAGUCUCAUUUCAUUGUCAUCCCUCCCUGCCUCUGGGGAACUGAAGGACUGGUUGAAUGUUAUAUGAAAAGAGGCUGGGCCUAUGAAGCAGGCACUGGCUUGUCUCCAGCAGCCAUAUCUUCUUGCUCUGGGGCUAGCCAGGAAAAACAAACAACCCGGGGCAGACUGAGUGGACCCAGUGUAGGAAAAAUGGUGGUGUUUCCAUUUUGUUUAUUUUUGAUGACUCUGCCCCUCCCUACGAACCUCUCAACUAAGGAGGAGGCCUAAUGGUGGCUCACAUCUCAGAGUGAACUUCCUAGCAUCUAGCAAGAAUGAGCAGGCAGAUUUAUCAUCCAUUCGAAAAUGUAGAGUGAGGCCUCAAGAGUAGCUGAUUGUGUAUUUUGCUGGGAUCAGUAUUUUUUGAAUGUUUACAAAAGAUUGAGCUGCAUUUUCAGAUUGCGGCUAGAGGGAGCUUGGGCAGAUUUUCAAUUAUGCUUUCAAGCUAUAACCAAAGGCUGUUUCUAAAUCCGAAAAUAAGAAUUUUAUCAGAGCCCCCUUUAAAACAGUCAUGUAAUGCUUAUGGGCCAACAAGAGGGGCUGUGUACUUCUCUAGAAACACAGAUGUCAAACAAUUCAUGAUACGCCAUAGUGAACAAAAUUAAAGUAGAGCCAUUGGAACUUAGCUUCCAAAAGAGGUAAGCUGAAUAGGUUAACAAGACAAACUGCUAAAUGAUGAGUUUGUUUUCUGCUUUAUAAUUAGCCAAAGCUCAAAUUACCACAUUUCAGAAUUUUUUAGCCUGUGGUUAGGCCUCAUCCCCUUUGACAUAAAUGUCUUACAAGUUACUUGUUAGCACACCAACCAUAUCUCUAAUCACCACCCAUUGUUGUGGGAGGUGCUGCACAGCAUUUCCCACAGGACCUUACCUGUAACUGUGCAAAAUGAAUGUACUUAGACACUGUCGAGUUUUGCGUAGGGCAGACCAACUGUGAGUCCCCCUCGGACUCACCAGAUACCACAGAUAUCUUAGAACAAGAGUGGGAAUGUAAAGCAUAACCUGAUUCUCUUUCCUAUAAAGAUUCUAUUUUAUUUAAAAUCUAUUUUUACACUAGUUAGAAUCCUGCUUUUUUGGCCGAGUACUUGUCUUGCGUGUCUGACCUUGCAGAAGCUGGGGUGGAUCAGAGCAUACUAAUGAAGAGAAUUAGAAGUAGUUCACAGAGCUUGCUGCCUCCUCAUUGCUCUGUGAUCACCUCCAUCCAGCGGCUCCACCACCAGCCGGGAGAAGUGGAUUUUCUGUGCGGGCGGGACAAGUGUUCUCAAAGGCCGUACCCAGAGGAUUGAGCAAAUAGGCAAAUGUUUCCAAGCUACUUGAAGGUUUCUAAAAAAUGUUGCAGAAAAUAAAAAUCGUAAGAUAUGUAAAGGAAAUGUUUUUUAAAAACCAGUUAAAGGGUUAUGUUUGAAUUUGACAAAAUUACAUAAGAUAGAAGCUGUUAGUGUUUUGUGUUUUUUUUUUUUCAGGAUGGAAAUGAACCACGUAACAUAUCCAUGCUACCUUGAACAGUGAAAUUGCAUUAAAGUAACCAAACUUUGAAAUGA